GUACUACUCUGACAGUAGUACAUUAUGGUAAACAGUCGACACAACUCCCUCACGUCUACAAAGAGUCCAAAUAAGGCUAGUACGAUGAUUAAUGGAACCGACUCGGCUACAGUGAAGAGGGAGUUGGAUCGUCUACUCGAAACCUACGAUAAUGAGGGCGAACAUUUGCUGAAAGAGCUUCCUUUGUACAUUCUUGAAGUGGAGAGAAAGAUUCCCAUCAUAUUCACUAUGACCGGUGAUGUGAUCGAGGUGGAAGAGGCGUUUGCAGCUGAGGAGUGUUCGGCGUCUGGGGUUCGAUCGGGCAAUCCCAAUUCACGAGUGGUUGAAGCAGGCAAGGCAGUCACCAGAGAGAUCGACAUAGCGAUUGACAGGCUCACUCGAUUGCAGCGGUUUGUACUUAUGCACGUCCCGAAGGAAGAGGAUGGUAACAACUUUGGUGUGGCCGUGCAGGGGCAAUUCUACUCAAAGCUCUCUAAGUACCUCAAGUGGUGCGAUGCUAUUCAAGAUGAGGGGAAGUCGUAUCAUCAUUCCAGGGCAGAUAUUCUACGUCGAAUGGAACUGGACGAAAAACUGGAGUUUCGCGAGACUGUCUGCGAGAAGGAGGAUAAGGUCACGAAGUCUAAGGCGACUAAGACCGUCGCCAACGUGCCGCAUAUGGGAGAUUUAACCUGUUACCUUGCCCGACAUGAUGCUCUCCAAUACUUCACAUUGAAGAACAUAAUGCAAGGCUUAAUCAGCAUGUAUGUACAUUGUUAUGUGUAUGUCAAGAACAACUACGAGAAAGUACGGUGGCCCCGUGGGAGAUCUGAAGGUCUCAACAUGCAUAUGUACUGACUCGUUCGUUCCAGCAGCAUCUUCGGUCUGUCAUCGUCGUCGG